AUGUUGCUAUCUCCACUCCUCUGCCUUCUUUUUAGCUUCUCCGUUGCUGGAAACUCUACAUUGAUUCUCUGCUUCCACUACAACGAGGUCGCUCAUCACAUCCGCGAUGAAGAUGGCGAGCACGCACUCCUACAAGCUACAUUGAGGCGAGUAGACGACCGUUUCCGCGCCAAUUCGACGGUCCACGAAUUACUCGCCCGCGAUUUGCAAAACAAGGAAAUCAAUGCUCGAGCCACGGUUUUUUAUAAGCCAGAUUUGAAUGCGGUGUGCACGCAGAACAGGCUACUAAGGGCACAUCCCUACACAAUCCGGGAUGUAUGUAUCAGUGCAAGGCAAUUCAGUGUACUUUGCGACCCUAAUGCCUCAGGCGACGAUGUCGUCACAGUGCAUGUGCACUGCCAGCCCGACUACUUUUGCGUUACAGUCCUCAAAAACACGCUUCAAAUCGUCGACCCAGACAAUUUACAGCCUGGCCAAGGCGCGGAGCCAAUCCGUCAGAAACGCCUCUAUUUCCGACCUUUUCAGAUCAAAACAACAGCUGUGGAUUUCGUUACCGACUGGUGGACUGCGCCUGGCAAAUUCAAAGUCACCUUUGGUCGCAUGGCUGUCCUGGGAGAUACUGCCGGUGUGCCGUAUAAACACAAAUUCGAAUGGAACGUUGCGGGAGCUAAAAAUAUUGAGUCGGAAAAUAGUGGCGCAGACCACGAGUACCAACUGUCUUGCAAUUACGAUGGCGCUGCUGAUAUGCAGUUUCGAGCGGUCACGGAAGACCUCGACGAGGUUGCUCCUGCCAAGAACCUCAUACUGAAUGCCUAUUUUGGAGCCGCAUCUUAA